AGAGAGAGAGAUACGCAAUUGACAAGUGAACCAGGGAGCUGAAAGCAGAGAGAGAGAGAGAGAGGGAGGGAGGGAGAAUGGCGGAGAAGCGAGGGGAGGCGGCGGUGGAGAACAAGAAGGUGGUCCUGAAACACUAUAUAACAGGGUUCCCUAAGGAGAGUGACAUGGAGCUGGUGACGACGGGGGCCUUACGAUUGAAGGUCCCAGAAGGAACGACGGCGGUCUUGGUGAAGAACCUUUACCUCUCUUGCGACCCCUACAUGCGAUCUCGCAUGACUAAGCACGACGAGCCCAGCUACGUCCCCGACUUCAUCCCCGGCGAGGCAAUAACUGGCUAUGGUGUGGCUAAAGUUUUGGAUUCUAAUCAUCCAAACUUCAAUGAAGGAGACUAUGUGUGGGGGAUAACUGGAUGGGAAGAAUAUAGCCUCAUUUCCUCAACUGAAGGUCUUAUUAAGAUCAAAUACACGGAUGUGCCUCUUUCAUACUAUACAGGCCUGCUUGGAAUGCCAGGUUUUACAGCUUAUAUUGGAUUUUUUGAGAUAUGCAAGCCUAAGAAAGGAGAGUAUGUGUUCAUAUCAGCUGCUUCGGGAGCGGUUGGCCAGCUUGUUGGACAAUUUGCCAAGCUAAUGGGCUGUUAUGUGGUUGGAAGUGCCGGGUCUGAUGAAAAGGUAAAUCUACUGAAAGACAAGUUUGGGUUUGACGAUGCAUUCAACUAUAAGCAGGAGAGUGAUCUUAAUGCUGCUUUGAAGAGACGUUUUCCCCAAGGCAUCGACAUCUACUUCGAGAACGUAGGCGGUGCAACGCUGGAUGCUGUUCUUCCCAACAUGAGGAUCCAUGGCCGCAUUUCAGCCUGCGGGAUGAUUUCACAGUACAAUCUUGAGAAGCCCGAAGGCGUCCGCAACCUGAUCUUCAUCAUCACGAAGCGCAUUCGGUUCGAAGGCUUCAUCCUCUUCGAUCAUAUCGACAGAUAUCCCGAGUUCCUCGAGUUUACUGUACCUCAUAUAAAGGAUGGAACAAUCGCAUAUGUGGAGGAUGUCGUCGAGGGGCUUGAGAAUGCGCCCAGCGCCUUGGUAGGUCUUUUCUUCGGCAGAAAUGUUGGGAAGCAGUUGGUUGUGGUUGCCAAGGAGUAGAUGGGAAAGAAAGUUUAAGGCAUAUUGUUUCAAUACUGUUCAGCUGGUUGAAAAUGAUCAAAAUUCUCUCUUAACUUUGUAUGAAAGAUUAGAAUGAAACUAAUUAUUUAAAAGAUCAUUUUGGUUUUUCAAGUGUUUAAAAGGAAUUAAAAUAGUCUUAUGGUGAGACAAUUUUGGUUUCUAUUUAAGUAUUUGACGGAUCAAAAUAAUCAUUUAAUAUAGUUGAAGACUAUUUUGAUCUUUAAUAAAAAGAAAAUGGACUAUUUUGAAUCAUUUUCUCAUUCAGAGAAGAUUGGCGAGUUUAUAGUUUGUGAAUGUUUUUAAACUAGAAAGCUUUGUUCAUAUGUAUCUAGAGUAUUUAUGCAGCU